UAUCCAGGCAUAGAUAUCAUAUACAAUGUCGUUAGCUGACGAGCUCCUAGCGGAUCUUGAAGAUGCGGGAAUCGAUGAGGAUGCGGUUGUCGAUGACAAUGGGGAGGGGGACGGGAUUGACGAUAUAGAAGAUGUAGGUGUCUCCAUGGACACGGGGCAAGAUAGUAUUGAUCCUAACAGUAUACACAGUGUUGCAAGAUUAAGCAGCACCGAUCAAUUCAAGCGAGUGGUUCAAGGUAUUGAAGAUUAUUGCAAUAAACCCCAAUCAUCAGUAGCUGCGGGGAUCAUUGAAUCCAACCCAGAGUACAAGCUGAUCGUGGAAUCAAAUAACUUGACUAUGGAGAUCGAUAAUGAAGUGAAUAUUAUACACAAGUUUACCAGGGAUUAUUAUUCCAAGAGGUUCCCUGAAUUAGACUCCUUGGUACCAACACCCCUUGAAUAUAUAAGAACCGUGAAAGAACUUGGAAACGAUUUAGAAAAAUACAAAAACAAUGAAGUAUUGCAACAGGUAAUGUCGAAUGCCACCAUCAUGGUGAUCAGUGUAACAGCUUCCACCACACAAGGCAAACUACUCAGUGAGGAGGAAUUGAACAGAGUGUUUGAAGCUUGUACAAUGGCUGAAGAACUCAUGUCUGCAAAGUUAAAGAUAUUGACGUAUGUUGAAUCUAGGAUGGCAUUCAUUGCUCCUAAUCUCACAGCUAUUAUAGGUUCAUCAGUAGCAGCUCAACUAAUGGGUGUAGCGGGUGGGUUGGUGGCAUUAACAAAGAUGCCCGCAUGUAAUGUUAUGCUGCUUGGGUCUCAAAAACGAACUUUGGCUGGGUUUUCAAGCACUGCCAUAAGCCCACAUACAGGUGGACAACAAAACUCAAGUUCGAAUCUCGAAGACUUUACAAACAAAGAUCCAGCGAGCGAACCGCGCUGGGUCGACUACGUCGGUCACAUGGGGUGGAAAGUCAACCGUGCGCGACAGAGGUUCGGGGAUCGCAUCAUCUGUCGCGUUUACCCCAUUGAAAGGAAUUGAGAUUGUGAAUCCCAACGCUGCUGAGAAGAAACAAGAAGAAGAGGACGGUUGCAGCACUUACUUCUCUAACACUGCUUCCUUUGUUAAACUUAAACCAAGGAAUGUACCGAGUGCUUGAAGGGUCUCAGCAUAUGAAUAUCUUUCAUUGGUUGUAAACUGGAUAUUGCAACCUUUAGGCAACCUGUGCUAAACCACUAGGGUACAACUCUCUAAAUCCCUAUGUUGCGUAAGAGUGGGUCACUGUUUAAUUCGGCUGCAUUCUAGAUUGGUUUAUCUUUUAACUGCUAACGUAAAAGUUAAAAUCAUUUUGUAAGUGUGCUGGUUGCGUACUGUCACUUAUUAUUUGAAUUUGUACCAACGUAAGCCAUCGGGCUCGCUAUGUGUUUUAUACUGAAUCAUUUGAAAUAAAACUGGAUAAGUUG